AAACAUGAAAUGCAAUCGAUUGUAAAAUGCAUGCUACUCUAACGCACGUUUUUUUCUGGCCAGGUGUCCGGACUUGGUGAUAAAUCCGCGCUGCGUGAGCGGAGCAGCGUGUUUGUGUUGGGGGUUGGAUGCCAGGGGGCGCGUGAUCUCCCUAUUCCACCUCCUCGUGCGGAGAGCGUGAGAGCUCGGGACGGCAGCGCGGACUCCGGUCAGUGCCGAGCAGCGGGAAGAAAGUUUGCAGCUGAAGUGAGCGACAGCGCUGGGAAUGAAGUAGGAGAAGAAUUAAAAAGUUCCUCAGGAUGAAAACCUUUGCUUCGCUUUUGUUUGCAGUGACCACGCUGUUGUGCUGGUAUUGCAGCCAUGGUCAACAGAGAGGUUUGUUCCCAGCGGUAUUAAAUCUUGCCACCAUGGCUGAAAUCAGUGCCAAUGCCACAUGUGGUGAGAGUGAACCUGAGAUGUAUUGCAAGUUGGUCGAACACGUCCCGGGAAGACCAUUUAGGAACCCACAGUGCAGAAUCUGUUCCUUGACUAGCAGAAAUCCAAGGGAACGACAUCCAAUAACAAAUGCAAUUGAUGGCACAAACCGCUGGUGGCAAAGUCCCAGCAUAAAGAAUGGAAUGGAUUACCAUUACGUGACUAUCACUCUGGAUCUUAAACAGGUGUUCCAGAUUGCCUAUGUUAUAAUAAAGGCUGCAAAUUCUCCACGUCCUGGGAAUUGGAUCUUAGAGCGUUCAAUUGAUGGCAUCACAUACAAACCAUGGCAAUACUAUGCUAUAACAGAUACAGAGUGUCUGACCCGCUACAACAUUGUGCCUCGGGCAGGCAAUCCAAUAUAUGUGGCGGAUGAUGAAGUUAUUUGUACCUCAUUUUACUCAAAAAUCCAUCCCCUGGAAAAUGGUGAGAUCCACACUUCUCUGAUUAAUGGAAGACCCAGUGCAGAAGAUCCAUCCUCGACUCUGCUGGAGUUUACUUCUGCUCGCUACAUACGUCUGAAGCUUCAGAGAAUUAGGACACUCAAUGCAGAUCUUAUGACAUUAGCAUAUAAUGAUGCAAAGGAUAUUGAUCCUAUUGUAACCAGAAGGUAUUACUACUCUCUGAAAGAUAUUUCUGUUGGUGGGAUGUGCAUCUGCUACGGACAUGCAAGUGCUUGCCCGCUCAAUCCGGUAACCAAUAAAUUUAGCUGUGAAUGUGAGCACAACACCUGUGGAGAAAGUUGUGAUCGUUGCUGCCCUGGAUUCCAUCAGAAACGAUGGGAAGCUGGAACAAUUUACAGUAGCAAGCUAUGUGAGCAAUGUAAUUGCCAUGGAAAAGCUCAUGAUUGCUACUUUGACCAGAAUGUAGCAGACAGGAGACUGAGUUUAAACAUACGAGGAGAAUAUAUUGGAGGUGGCGUGUGCAUUGAUUGUGUGAACAACACAGCUGGAAUAAAUUGUGAAACCUGCACUGAUGAAUUCUUCCGACCUGCAUGGGUUUCUCCUUAUGAACCAAGCCCAUGUGUCCCUUGCUCUUGCAAUUUAAUUGGGUCUUUGAAUAAUAAAUGCAUCAAGGAUGACAAACAUACUGAAGGAGGUCUAACUUCAGGCUCGUGCUAUUGCAAGGCUGGUUAUGGAGGAGAGAAGUGUGACUACUGUGCAUUUGGUUUUACUGGAUUUCCGGAAUGCAUUCAGUGUGACUGUAGUAUUGAAGGAAGCUUGAAUUCUGAUCCUUGUUCUGGAGAAUGUAUUUGUAAGGCCAACACUGAAGGAAAGAACUGUGGCCAAUGCAAAAGAGGGUUCUUCAAUUUGAAAUUAGAGAACUAUAAAGGCUGUGACCAGUGCUUCUGUUCUGGGGUAGCCAGUGAAUGCCAAAGUUCUACUUGGGGGUAUGAUAACGUGACUUCCAUGGCUAAUUGGUCCGUCAGUGAUAUACAAGGAAUUUUCACUAUUUAUCCUAGGCAAGGUGCCUUGGAUGGAAUACUGAGCGUUUACAAUCUGAUGCAGAGCAGGAUUUCACCACCGGUGUAUUACUGGAUUGCACCCAAUGCAUAUCUGGGCCAAAAGCUGGCAGCAUAUGGAGGGAAACUGAUUUUCACCAUCUCUGACUCCGCCACAGAAGACCUGCUACAAAAGCAGAAAUCUCAGGUCUUCUUAGAGGGUAACGGUAUCCACAUAAGCAGUGAUGUUGAAAGGAUUGAACGGGAUCCAUUGAAUAAGCACACAAAAAUGAUAGUUCUACAACCUGAGAACUUUAUCAUUCAUACAACUGGGUCACCUGUGAAUAGAAAGGACUUCAUGACUGUUCUGGCAAACAUUACCCGUCUUUCAAUACAAGCCACCUAUAACAAUGAUCGCACUGCCAUCUAUAGGUUGAGCUCUGUUGUGCUGCAGACAGCUAAUCAAAAUUCAUUAGGCCCAAACAGAGCUUCAGGUGUUGAGAUUUGCCGAUGUCCCCCAGAGUACCGUGGCACUUCUUGUGAAUCCUGUGCGCCUGGAUACAGACGAAUCAAUGGCACCCUCUAUGGAGGAGUCUGUGUACCAUGUUUUUGCCACGGCCAUUCUGCCUCCUGUGAUGACAUUACUGGGGAAUGUUUGAACUGUCAACAUGAGACAGCUGGUCCGUUUUGUGAUAGAUGUCGGCCUGGGUUUUAUGGAGAUGCUACUCGGGGAACACCUAGAGACUGCCAGCCAUGCAGCUGCCCUUUACUAAUUACCACAAAUAACUUUAGUCCGACCUGUCACUUGGAUUCCAGGGGAGAGAUAAUAUGUGAUCAGUGUCUUCCUGGUUAUACAGGGCCAAGAUGUGACAGAUGCUCUGAAGGGUACUUUGGACACCCCAGUAAUCCAGGUGGCUCAUGUCAACCCUGCCAGUGCAAUGGUAAUCUUGAUCUGUCAGCACCUGGCAGCUGCGAUACGUUGACAGGAGAAUGUCUACGAUGCAUUGAGGCAUUUAGCGGUCAGUUUUGUGAUGAAUGCGCUGAUGGAUUCUUCGGGGAUGCUGUUAUAAUCCGGAAUUGCCAACCCUGUGAAUGCCACGCCAAUGGAUCAGUUGCCGAGCUUUGUGACAAGCAGACUGGACAAUGCCAGUGCAAACACAAUGUUGCAGGAAGACGGUGUGAUCAUUGUUUGAGUUCAACUUAUUAUCUCCAUUCUUCAAGGGGCUGUGUACCUUGUAAUUGCAAUUCUUUUGGAUCCAAAUCUUUUGACUGUAAUGAUAAAGGGCAAUGCAAAUGUCAGCCUGGAGUGACAGGUCUGAAAUGUGACAGAUGUGCUGGUGGCUUCUACAGCUUUCAGGAAGGAGGAUGUAUCCAAUGUGAAUGUGCCCAUGUCGGCAAUCAUUGCGAUUCAGAAACUGGCCAGUGUAUCUGUCCUCCAAAUACAGUGGGUGAAAAGUGUGACAAGUGCGCGGCGAAUUUCUGGGGUCAUAACUUAAUCAGUGGAUGUAAACCCUGCAACUGCGUUGCUGUGGGAUCUUUAAACCUUCAGUGUGACGAUGUAACAGGUUGCUGCUUCUGCCGACCAGAGUUUACAGGAGAUAAGUGUAACCAAUGUAGGACGGGUUACUGGGAUUAUCCACAGUGUAAGCAUUGUGACUGUAACCUGUCAGGGACAGCAAGUCACACGUGUGAUGAGAUGGGAGUUUGUUCAUGUGCAGAAUAUAGCGGGCAGUGUAACUGUAAGAUGAAUGUGGAAGGGAUUAGUUGUGACAGGUGCAAGACUGGUUUCUUUGCACUCCACUCCAGCAAUCCUUAUGGGUGCAGUAGCUGUUACUGCUCAGGUGUGACUUCACAAUGCACUGAAGCGAAAGGACUGAUGUACAGGAAAAUGAUUCUUAAACCUGGCCAGACUGUCCUGGAAAUAGUAAAUAAAUUCAAUGAUCGAAAAACAACAGAUGGUGUCUUUUAUCAGCAUCCAGAAAUUGUAGCUGAUGUUGCAAGAGUGAUCAAACAUCUUCACUAUGAACCUUUUUAUUGGAAGCUUCCAGAGCAGUUUGAAGGGGAAAAGCUCUAUGCUUAUGGCGGCAAGCUGAGGUAUGCCAUUUACUUUGAAGCGAGAGAAGAAGUGGGUCGGUCCAGCUAUGAGCCACAAAUUAUCCUGAGAGGUGGUCCAACAAGCGGGAUGAUUAUUGUGCGCCAUUUAUCUGCACCUCAGAUUGGUCAGCUGACCAGACAUGAGGUGGAGCUCACUGAGCAUGAAUGGAAAUAUGCCCAUUCACCAGAUGGCGGACCUGUGUCUCGCAAAGACUUCAUGGAUGUGUUACUUGACAUUGAUUCUAUCCUCAUCAAGGCAUCUUAUGGGACUUUUAUGAGACAAACCAGGAUCUCUGAGAUCUCUAUGGAAGUGGCUGACAUCAGUGGCAGCUACUCAGUGGCAGAAGGUGCCUAUCAGAUUGAACAAUGCUUUUGUCCUGAAGGAUAUUUUGGCCUCUCAUGCCAGAGUUGUAUUUCAGGUUAUUAUAGAUUUCCACUGAGAACAGAUAGCAGAGAUCCAACACCUGUAGUGGGAAGCUGUGUACCCUGUCAGUGCAAUGGCCACAGUGACAUCUGUGACCAGAAGACUUCCAUAUGCCAGAAUUGCCGUGAUAACACAGCUGGUGACCAUUGUGAAGUGUGUGCUCCUGGAUAUUAUGGGAUUGUAAGAGGAUUUCCAAAUGACUGCUACCCUUGUGCUUGUCCUCUUCAAAUCUCCAGUAAUAAUUUUAGUCCAACCUGUAUUAUGGAAGGGCAUAAUGCUUAUCGAUGUAACGCAUGUCAGGAAGGAUAUGAGGGGCCAUACUGUGAGAGGUGUGCACAGGGUUACUAUGGUAAUCCGAGAAUUGAAGGAAGUGGUUGCGUUCAAUGUGAGUGUGAUGCUAUUGGUUCGUUACCUGAACCAUGUGACACAGUCACUGGUCAGUGUAAUUGCAGACCAGGAAUGAGGGGCUGGACCUGCGAUAAAUGCAUGGAGUGGCAUGCGCGUGAAGGCAUGGAGUGUGUCUCUUGUGAUGAUAAAUGCACUGGACUUCUGCUGCAUGACCUUGAAAAUCUUAACCAAAUGAUCACAAGGCUGAAUCUCUCUGGACCCUUUCCUCCUCCUUAUAAGGUGCUUUUUAGAUAUGAAAAUGUUUCUCAAGAAUUGAAGUAUCUAAUGUCACCACAGAGAGCUCCUGAAAGACUCCUACAGCUGGCCGAUAGUCACCUGGAUACCUUGGUAACAGAGAUGGAUGAGUUACUGAACAGGACAUCGAAAGUUUCCGCAGAUGGUGAGCAAACAGAUAAAGACACCGAAAAGACACUCAAACGAGCAAUGGAGUUAGAAAAAUCCAUUAAAUCUGUUGUGUUUGCUGCUGAAGAUUUAAAGGACAAAAGUAAAAAGUUAAAUGAAACCAUUCGAAUCAGAGAUGGGGUUUCAGAGAUACAUCUGCAACACAUGCAGAAGGAUAUUGAAAGUAUGCUGGCAAGGAUGCGAGGGCGAUCAUUUGAUAAGCAUGAGGAAAUGGCUGAUGAUGAACUUGAUGCUGCCAAUGCACUUUUAGAGAGAGUGAAAAGGAUGUUUGGCAAUCCCCAUAAAACCACUCAGGGGCUGAAGGAUGAAGUUAUGGACAAAAUAACUGAUUACAAAGAUAAAUUUGAUGAAGCCCAGGAACUCUUGAAAGAAGCACGAGCAAAAAUUGAAGAGACUGACCGCUUGUCUUCUGUUAAUCAAAAAAAUAUAACUGCACUGGAGAAAAGAAAGCAGGAAGUUGAAGAAGGUAAAAAGGAUACUGAAGAUGUAAUUGAGGAAGGCCAUGAUCUCGUGGCUGAAGCCAAGAAUCUCUUGGAUAAUAUCUCAUUGGAACUGGAUGAACUAAAAGAGAAAAAGCAUAUGGAGCCAUUAACUACAGAGCUAAAAGAUAAACUGGAUAAAUUGUCAGCAGGAAUUUAUGAUGAGAAGCUUCCGGAACUGGUCUUGAGUGCAGAAUAUCAUGCUGCAGUAUUGAAUGACUCGUCUGCAAUCCUGGAUGGCAUCCUUGCAGAAGCCAAGAACCUGUCCUUUAAUGCAACUGCUGCCUUCAGAGCCUAUACUAAUAUCAAAGAAAAAAUUGAUGAAGCUGAAAAAAUAGCAAAAGAAGCCAAGGACACGGCCAAUCAGGCUGUGAGACUGGUAUCUGGUCCAGAUGGAUCUAUGAAAGAUACUGCCAAGAGCUCACUACAGAAGAGUUUUAAACAGUUGAAUGAGGCCCAGCGUGUGGGGGCAGAUGUAAAGGAAAGAGAAGAUGACUUGAAAAAUUUACAAAAUAGGCUGAAGGAUGGUGCAAUGAAAAAUAAAAACAUGAUGAAAGCCUUGAAUGAUAGUCUUGCAAAACUUAGUGCCAUUCCUGAUGAGGCAAAGUUCAAGAUACAAGCAGCUAAAGAUAAAGCGAAACAGGCAAAUGAUACGGCAAAUGCAGUGCUGGCAGAAAUAAAAAACUUGAACCAGAAUUUACUUGGAUUGCAGGACAACUGCAGUAAAUUGAAAGAAGAUGUUGCGAGAGCAAAUGCUGCCAUUAAUACUCCAGCUAAAGCAAUUGCUGAUGCUGAUAUGAAAGUUAAAGAGUUAGAAGAAAAAGCAGAUAGUUUGCUGGAUAAACUGAAGCCUAUCAAAAAUCUACAGGACACAAUUGGAAAAAAUAUUUCUCACAUCAAAGAGCUAAUAAAUCAAGCUCGAAAACAUGCCAACUCUAUCAAAGUUUCUGUCUCAUCUGGUGGAGACUGUAUCCGCACAUAUCGACCAGACAUUAAAAAAGGGACUUACAAUUCUAUUGUUCUGAAUGUAAAGACAUCAGAGCUUGAGAAUCUAUUAUUUUACCUUGGAAGUGCCAAAUAUACUGAUUUCUUAGCAAUUGAGAUGCGUAAAGGCAAAGUCAACUUCCUGUGGGACGUGGGAUCUGGUGUCGGGCGUGUUGAAUAUCCAGAUUUGAUCAUUAAUGACCAGUAUUGGUACAGAAUCGAAGCCUCAAGGUUUAGAAGAAAUGGUACAAUUUCUGUACGUGCAUUGGAUGGUCCAAGAGCAAGCAUCCUGCCAACAGUUUACAGCGGAGUCUCACCUGAAGGCUACACAAUACUUGAUGUGGAUGCAAAUGCUUAUUUGUUUGUCGGUGGUUUAACAGGCGAAGUAAAGAAAUCAGAUGUAGUCAAAACAACUACAUUCUCUGGAUGUAUGGGUGAAACUUCAUUGGAUCGUAAGCCAAUUGGAUUGUGGAAUUACAGAGAGAGACAGGGAGAGUGCAAAGGCUGUGUCGUAAGCCCACAACCCACUGAAACUGAAGGGACAGUGCAGUUUGAUGGAGAAGGUUAUGCAGGUGUUAGUCGACCAACUCGAUGGAACCCAAAUGUGUCAGCGAUUGCUUUCAAAUUUAAAACGUUUUCUUCAGAUGCACUUCUCAUGUAUCUUGCCACAAAAGACCUGCGAGAUUUCAUGAGUGUUGAACUGACUAAUGGGCGAAUAAAGGUCAGCUAUGACCUAGGCUCAGGUACAGCUAAUGUCACCAGUACAGAACGUCACAAUGAUGGAAAGUGGAAAUCCUUCACAUUAUCAAGAAUUCUGAAACAAGCAAAUAUUUCCAUACAUGAUGUAAUAACAAAUAAAGAAGAACGCCUACACAUGAACUCUCCUGGAACCAACUUUGGUCUCAAUCUGAAAAAUAAUGACAAGAUAUAUUUUGGUGGCCUGCCUAUAAUACAAAAUUUAAGGCCUGAAGUCAAUCUGAAGAAAUAUAGUGGGUGUCUCAGAGAUAUAGAGAUCUCACAGUCGCCAUACAAUUUAUUAAGUGGCACAGAUUACCUGGGCUUGACAAAAGGCUGCACGUUAGAGAACGUCUACACUGUGAGCUUCCAUAAGCCUGGAUUUGUCGAGCUUCAGCCACACUCACUGAAUGUUGGCACCGAAAUAUCGCUGUCUUUCAGCACUAAAAAUGAGACUGGAAUGAUACUUUAUGGAAGCGGAAAGGCUUCAGCUCAGUUUGGGAGAAAACGCCGCCAAACAGGACAGGUUUAUUAUAAAGUUUUCCUGAACAGAGGGCGCUUGGAAGUGCAUCUUGCCACUGGAGCUCGUGAACAUCGGCGUGUUACUGUCAAGCCAGAAACAGGAGUGUUCAGUGAUGGAAAGGAACAUAGUGUUAGACUACAUAGAUCUAAGGGCUUGCUCACAGUGCAGGUGGAUGAAGAAGAACCUCAAAGACAGCGGCUACCUAAUGACCAACCUCUGAGCAUUAAGCGGCUGUUUGUAGGAGGCGUUCCCCUCUCAUUCCAAGCUAGUCAUUUAAGGAAUAUCGUCCAUUUUGAAGGUUGCAUUUGGAACUUGGUCGUUAACUCAGUGCCUUUAGAUUUUGCUCAGCCGGUAUCUUUUGAGAAUGCAGACAUUGGGAGGUGCCCAAUUCUAAAACCUUCAAAACCAGUUGUGAAAGAAGAUGAGACUGAAGCACCAACUGGAACCCCAGCUGAAAUCUCUCCAAGACCCAUCCCAGACAUAAGAAUUCCUACACCAUCUCCUACAUCCUGUGCUGCUGACCUUUCUCCUAUUGUGCUGGCAAAAGCCAAGUACUUUGGCUUAUCCAAAAACAGUCACGUUGCCAUCGAAUUUGAUGACACCAAAGUCAAAUCCAGGCUCACAAUAGAGUUUGAAAUACGAACAGAGGCUGAAUCUGGUCUUGUAUUUUAUAUGGCCAGAAUUAACCACGCAGACUUUGCAACUAUUCAGAUAAAAGAUGGAAUGCCUCAUUUCAGCUAUGACCUUGGAAGUGGAAAUGCCAGUGCUAUUAUUCACAAGAAGAUAAAUGAUGGUGAAUGGCAUAAGAUAAGAAUUGAGCGAGAUAAAAAGAGAGUAACAGUGACAACUGGUGUCAGUGUGGCAACUACAGUCAGCCCUAAAAAUGCAGAUAUCUUGGAUGUUGUGGGAAUGAUUUACAUCGGAGGAUUGCCUAAGAACUACACUACACGAAGAAUUGGCCGUGUAGUCUACAGUAUAAACGCUUGCAUCCGUAACUUUAAACUGAAUGACAACACUCUUGAUCUGGAUAAUCCAGCCUCCAGCCUGGAUGUUGGCACCUGUUUUCUCAACAGUCAAAAAGGAACUUACUUUGAUGGAACGGGAUUUGCUAAACCAGUUCCACGUUAUAGGGUUGGAAUAGAUCUACAGAUCGAGUUUGAUUUUCGCACUACACAGAGGAGUGCCGUCUUAUUGGGAAUCAGCAGUCAGAGAGUAGAUGGACUGGGCGUUGAACUAGUCAGUGGAAAAAUUUAUGUUCACAAUGAUAACGGAGCUGGAGUAUUUACUGCUGUCUAUGAGCCUUUGCACUUCACUGAGCUGUGUCGUGGACAGUGGCACAAUGUAGUAGUCAAAAAAAUCAAACACCGUUUGGAACUGACAGUUGAUGGAAAGAGAGUGGAAGGCAGUAGCCCGAUUGUAACAUCCACUGCAACUGACACCAAUGAUCCAGUCUUCAUUGGAGGUUAUCCAGAUGACAUGAAACAGUUAGGACUGACCAUUGAUACUCCUUUCAAAGGCUGCAUACGUAACCUGAAACUAACAAAGCCAAGUCAGACACUUGAAGUGGACUUCAGCAAAUCAGUGGAGCUCAAGGGAGUCCAACCACUCACCUGUCCAGCAUAAUGGAAUUAACCAGACUGUUUUAAAACAAAGAUGAAAGCAUAUAUGGUUUAGAGUAAGCCUGUAUCUUGUACAGGGCAAAAAUAAUUUUGGAGACUCAAAUUAAACUAUACCUUCAUAUUAUUUCUGUUAUUUUUCUUCUUUUUGCUAAACAUUGCAGGAUAGAAAAACGGCAGAGGGCAGUCAGUAGCGGAUCAGCAGGCUGUUAUAUGCAACUCUGAUAUUAAAUUGCUUUGCUGUCAAUGGAAUUAAAUGCAAGGCACAGCAUUUAAUGUUGAGCAAAUGCAAUAGCAUCCCUUUCACACUUAGUACAUUUCUUGUCCUGUGAGCUGAAGAACAUUUUGAGUUUUCAUUUAUUAAGUAAGGUUAAACAUAAGCCAGUUUUUUACCCUGUUGAUGCAAUUUCCUGUUCAAUAUUUGCAAUAUGUAGAAUCACCCACUAAUUUUCCUGCUCUUUUUUUUUCCUGUGUGUAACAUUGUAACCAGCAGUGUGCAAUAUGGUAUAACUAUAUCAGUAAACGUUUUUGAAGUGAAAGUCGUAGUUUCAUGUUUAAGUGAGGGCUGGCAAUUAAAAAAUUUGCUCUUUAUUAAAGA